AUGGACCGAGAGGAGGCGCGCAAGGAGGUGGAAAUGGACGAGCAUCUGGUUGAUAUCGGCGUACUGUAUGAGAGAUACGACUCUGAGCCUAGUCGAGGCAUCACCGAAGAAUCUGUUGAACGCCGCCAGGCUGAGGACGGACUGAACAAGCUCACACCACCUGCCAAGACGCCUUGGUGGCUCCUCUUCCUCAAAGAGAUGACCAAUGCCUUUGCCCUGUUGCUAUGGACUGGCGCCAUACUAUGCUUCAUUGCUUACGGGCUGGACACAGACAACUCCGAGAAUUUAUAUCUAGGCAUCGUGCUCGCCAUUGUCAACUUCCUCACCGGCUGCUUCUCAUACUAUCAGAACGCCCGAUCCAGUGCGGCCAUGGAAGCUCUCCAGAGCAUGUCAGCUGAUACCGCGACCGUCCUAAGGGACGGCCAACUCAAAAAGAUUGAAUCCACUCAGCUAUGCCGCGGUGACAUAGUGAAGAUCACUGCUGGCGAGAAGGUGCCGGCUGACGUGCGCGUCCUCAAAUCUGUGAAUUUCAAAGUGGAGCAAUCCUCCUUGACUGGUGAACCUGAUGAGAUCUCUAAGACUGUCGACAACACCAUCGAGCAUCCUCUAGAAGCCCAAAAUCUCGCCUUCUUCGGGACCCUAGCCGUGAAUGGAGAAGCUGAAGCCAUGGUGGUGAACAUUGGAGACUUCACAGUUAUUGGAAGAAUCGCGACUCUGGUCACACACACUGAGGCCGAGGAGACUACCCUUACUAAGGAGAUUGACCAUUUCAUCCACAUCGUCUCGGGCAUUGCUAUCGUCCUCGGUAUAUGCUUCUUCACAGCGGGAAUGAUUAUCCGUGAUGGCAACUUUAUGGAAAGGUUCGUGCCUAACUUGGUCUUCGCGAUCGGCGUGAUCGUCGCUAACGUCCCCGAGGGUCUCCUUACUACUGUAACCGUCAGUUUGACACUUACUGCUAUCAGGAUGAGAAGCAAGAACGUGUUGGUGAAGAAUCUGGAGACGGUUGAGACCCUGGGCUCAUGCUCCUGCAUAUGCUCUGACAAGACGGGUACUCUCACGGAGAAUCGGAUGACCGGCAGCCACGUGUGGUGCUAUGACCAAGUCCACGACAUCGCGCCGAGGACCUUCGACAAGGCCAAGAUGGAGUCGCCCUCGUUCAAGAUCCUCCAUCGCUGCGCAGCUGUAUGCAAUGAUGCCUCUUUUGAGAGCUCGCCAGAGAAUAUGGAGAAGCCCGUGUGGGACCGCACGUGUGUGAACGGCAAUGCUAGCGACCAUGGAAUAUUCAAGUUCACUGUGCUGGCUGGAGAGGACGUUGUGAAGGAUCUCCGAUCAACUUAUAGGAUCUCUGGAGACGGCACUGAGCACCCUGGACGCGUACCGUUCAACUCGAAAUACAAGUUUGCUGCUAGUCUGUGCGUCAAUCCGGACAAGGCUGGGAUCAUCGAAUUCAUGAAGGGCGCCCCUGAGCAAGUCUUUGACCGCUGCUCUCACAUUAUUGAGAACGGCAAACGGGUCCCGAUCACACCAAAACACAAGAAGGCUUUCUCCGAGGCUAAUCUGCAUCUGGCUAGUUUGGGCGAGCGCGUCCUGGGGUUUGCCGAGCUGGAGCUGAACCCCGACAAGUAUCAUGAGGAAUUCAAGUGGAACACUGAGGACUUCAACUUCCCUUUGGAGGGCCUCACCUUCUUGGGAGUCAUCUCUCUGGUGGACCCGCCGAGGUCGGGCGUGCCACAAGCAGUUGCCAAAUGCCAUGGGGCUGGCAUUCAGGUUAUUAUGGUCACAGGAGAUCAGCCGGCCACAGCGAAAGCCAUCGCUAAGCAGGUUGGUAUUAUUAAAUCUAAGACGGCCGAUGAAAUUGCGGCGGAGCGAAACUGUGACAUCAAGGACGUGCCUCUGGAAGAUGUCAAUGCUGUCGUCAUUCAUGGCGAUCAGUUGAAGGGGAUGACGGACGAGGAUUUGAAGUUCGUGUUGUCACACUACAGGGACAUUGUUUUCGCGAGGACAACACCGACCCAGAAGCUCAGAAUCGCCGAGACUCAGAAGGAGCUCGGAAAGGUGACGGCCAUGACCGGCGAUGGCGUGAAUGAUGCCCCUGCACUGAAAGCGGCGAAUAUUGGCGUUGCUAUGGGUAUCGCAGGAACGCAGGUGGCCAUGCAAGCCGCUGACAUGAUUCUGGCUAAUGACGACUUUUCAUCGAUCGUUAAUGCUAUCGAAGAAGGAAGGCUCAUCUUUGACAAUCUGAAGAAGUCUAUCGCUUACACGCUCACGUCCAACAUUCCCGAGAUCACUCCUUUCCUGGCCUUCGUUAUCCUCCAAAUUCCUCUGCCUCUCUCGACUGUCCUCAUCCUGGCAGUCGAUCUGGGCACGGACAUUCUUCCUGCGAUCUCCUUCGCAUAUGAGACCGCUGAGCUCGACAUUAUGUGUAGGAAGCCUAGGGACCCGCAAAGGGACAGGCUUGUGACCAACAAGUUGGUCAUAUACUCUUACCUUAUCAUAGGGUAUAUGCAGGCAGCGGCGGGCUUCUACACCUACUUCCAGGUCAUGUACGACUACGGCUUCAAACCCUCCGGGCUCAUCGGUCUCACCAAUAAGGUUGUUUAUGAGUUCGAUUUGGACGAUAUGACCCCUACGGUUUUCCCUGAGGUCGAUGAGAAGAAGCUUAAUUGGGAUGACAAUGACUCAAGCAAAUUGCACAUCUGUGGGAGAGUCGGCCUUCGCGCCCCUGACGAUGCCUCUGUUGCGACCAUAGACUCGCUGCCAGUCUUUGAGAAAUGCAGCGGACCGAUCUUCACAUUGUACAAUCUCCAACAGUACUGUCAUGAGAAAACGGGAACUCCGGCGUCCCAGAUGCCCGCCGAGUCCCAGAUGGACGCCCUUCUCGGUGGGAAGUGGUCCUAUGAUCAGAGCGUGGGAGUUGUCUAUGCUCGCGACAAGUUCAACAGGCCGGCCUGUGAUGCCAUGCCUCGGGCCAGUAUUGUCUUGGAGGGUCUGACCUACACUCUGUUCGUGCCCUAUGGGGUCUGGAGUGUGGACGGCCAGAAGAAGAUUGACGAGGCUACUCUGGACAUGGAGUGCAUGUAUUGGACUCGCAGUCCUCUCAUUGAGGCAGUCGGCGAGGACUCGACCAGCAAUGACGGAGGAGUCCCGGUGUGUCACAGUACUGAGGCCCUCAAGUACGCCCAAAGCGCCUUCUUCCUGGGUAUUGUGGUCGCACAGUAUGCCACUUUGUUCUUCUGCAAAUGCCGUACUCUGUCGCUGACCAUGCAAGGCGUGUCCAACUGGUUCCAGAACUUCGCCUUAGUGGUGGAGUCCUCUGUGGCGGCGCUGGUCGUAUUCGCUCCUUUCAUGUGGGUGGUCUUCAAUACUCGGCCUCUGGAAGGGUGGCAUGUAUGCGUACCGGCCAUGCCCUUCGCUGUCUUCAACUACUGUUUUGAUGAGGUCCGCAAGUACUUCCUGAGACAAGGCGCUCCAAAUUUGAAGGCGAUAACGGGAGCCUCUCAGACCAGAUUCGGCAAGUGGGUGUAUAAGACAACAUAUUACUAA